GACUGCCCCAAAAACCUGCGACCAUGGAGAAGAAGCGGCAACCCGUGCAUGAAGGGUACCUGCUGUGGCUCCCGGCGAUGGGAGGCAGCCUGCAGACGCAGUACUGUCAAUUGUCAUGGUCGUGCCAACUACGAAUGUAUCCGACCGAGACAUCGGCCGCUAGCGGCGUCGGAGGCCGACCGUAUACCGUUCGAGGGUUUUGCAAGUGGGAAGGCCGAGGUGUCCUUCCGUUGGACUCGUACGGCAUGGAGCUCCAGGUAAAAGACAAAAGUCAAACGGCGUCCAUCUACUUGGCUGCGGAGAACCGGCUGGACCUGGAACGGUGGUGCCGUGCACUUGUGGCCGUGCUCGACCCCACGUCGGCGGCUGCAGAGGAAAUCAAGCGCGAGCGGCGCAAAGUCAAACGGGACAUUCGAAAGCAAGCCGAGAAGGAGGCCGAGCUCAAAGCGCAAGAAGAAGAGUUCAAGCGUAAGUGGAUAGCACAGAAGAAACAGGAACGUCGCGACCGCGAACUCGAAAUUGAGCAAAUGACGCCGCUGCAACGCAAGGACGGACUUGGCACGCUGGAUGAAGAGACGGAAGCGCUCCUUCGCGAUCGAAAGAAACGGUUGAACAAAAAGGCUGGCCAGCAAGUCGGCCGCGUGGGAAAACAGGUCCUGCGCCGGCGGAUGGAGCUGCUUGGUGGCGGCAAGGUCGUCGUGCUGGCAGACGCGAACGAGGCCAACUUUGGCGACGUCGCUGCGGCGUCUGUACUGGUGCAGCGCAAGGCCAAAGUGAAAGUAGAACUACCGCCUCCAGGCCAAUGUACGUAGCGGCAUCACCGACGUUGCAGGUUGAUGGUUGGCGUGUAGUUUUCACAGGAGACGAAGCCUAUCGAGCCAGCCACCACGCUGCUGGAAGUGCAAGUGGCGGGCGCCAGAGCACUGCGAGCUCACAGGACUCGAUCACGUCUACCGAAGACGUCGCGUUCCAGCCACGUCUGCCGCCAAGUCCCCCAGGAAGAGACUCAUGUCGAUCGAAGAAUAGUGCAGGAAGCACGCCUCCACCGCCGCCACCACCGCCGCCAGGGCCGAAUCGACCGUUCAACCCGAUGGCCGAUGCCCUCGACGCGAUCAAAAGAAAUCGAAAGUUUAGUGACGCGUCCGACUGGAACGAUGGGCGGAGGACGAGUGGGAUGGGGCUCCAAGGAGCCAGCGAUGACGACCAAAAAGAGGACUCGGUGCCCAGCAUGACGAGAGCACGGUCCGCACGCUCGCGCGACUCGCAGCUGAGUGCCGAAGGCAAGCGCAUGCUGGCGCGAGCGCUGAGUCAACACGUCUCCAGCAAACCUAUCUCGAGGAGCAGCAACCCCACUGCGGAUCGAAAGGGUUUAUUUGACAGCAGCAGCAGCGAAGAUGACGACGACAGCGGCCCCGCCGUCGAUCGAGACCCGUUUCCCUUGGCGCACGCGCCGCCCACGGCCGCCAUUCCCGCGGUCCUCUCGGUCUCGUACGUGUCUGCAGUGGUGGAGGUUCGCCAAGGCAAGUCCAUCGCCAUCUACCGCUUUGCCUUCCGCGUGGACGCGUCGACACCGCUCCAGUGCGAGUUCGGCUUUAGCUACCACGAAUUCGACGCUAUCCACGGCGACCUCAAGCGCAGUAUCACGGACGACUUGCCCAAGUUUCCAUCGAAACACUUGCUUCGGAACCCGACCAAGCCAGACAACAUGCAGAAACGAGCCGCCGAAUUCCUCGUGUACUUGCAGGCGCUGGUCCAACUGCGCUCCGUCGCAGCGCAUCCCUCGUUCCACGCGUCGUUUGGCGUGCCGCCGGACAUGGCGGCGACGCUUGUCCGCGGCACGGUGGCGCACGCGUCGCCACCAGCCACCUCGACCACCUCUGGCGCGGCGUCGUCGAGGAAGUCCCACCACCCUUCCGUUCACAAAGCCAUGCCUGGCCUCCCCAAGCCACCAAAGCGCAACUUGUUUGACGACGACGUGGAGAAUGAGAGAGCUUCUGUAGCUUCCUCCGUGGAGCCCCCCGAGCCGAUGGAGCAAAGCGUCGUGGCGCCGCCAAUGGACCGCCCGCGAUCGACGAGCCACAGCACCCGCCGACUCGAUCUCGACGACCGACCCCAGAAGAAAGAGACGCGACCACCGUCGGCAAAGGCCCAACUGGACAGACCACCCAGCUCCAAGGCCAUGAACGUAACGGGACGCCCAAAUUUGUUUGGCGGCGGUCGUGGAGACCUCCUCGCCGCCAUUCGCCAAGGCGCAAAGCUGAACAAAGUUGCCCAACCCGACGACACACACACACCACACACUACGUCCCUGUCCGGAGCCUCGGUCGCCCCGCGGCCGUCCAUGCCACCGCCGCCAGCAAACAGUUUGCUGGCUGCAUUGCAAAGCGCCCCGCCCCUUCGGAAAAGCACUGACCAGCCCACGGAGCCGAGUACGGUCAACGCUGUGCGGCCGCUUCAAGCGGCACCCCUCGCUGCGCCAACCAUCCACGACUCGAUUGCGAUGGUCAUGGCAACUAGACAGAAGCACACCCAGUAUGACCCCAGCGAUGACGAAGCCAGCGACGACGAGUGGGAUGAUUAGGAUGUGUUGAAUGCAAACACUUGUGAACAGUCGGAGGAGAGGGACUCGAGUUCAGGCCACGCAG